AUGGUCAUCACAGAUAGAAACGCAGGUUCUGCUAUGUCCAAGAAAGAGCCAGCUAAGGACAAAAAGCGUCGGGCAUCUCGUCCUCACAGUUUACCAUCGCCGGCCUUGUGCUGUGCCUGCGGCCUGUGUAUUAUGCUGGCCGGUCUUAACAUCACCUUGGUGGGAGUUUUCGCCUUCAGGACCCUGGUGCCUUCUGCCAACCCAUCCAUUGUUAUUGGACCCAUCCUGCUCCUUGUGGCCUUUUCCUUUUUUGGGGCCUGUUGCGUAUGCAGCCGACUGCCCCCGCCUCACAGCUCGCGUGGGGCCAAAAUGGGCGGUCGGGGCAUGAACCUGAUAGGGAACGGCGGGCUGGCAGGGGGGGCAGCGUUCGAGAUAGAGACCAGCGAGCACACGCUGCAGGACACGACAGCUGUGCAGCUCAGUCCCACGUCCUCCCCCGCGUCAUCCAGGGGAUCAAGUCCGGAAAAAGAAGCUCCUGACUCGUCUCUGCCUGCCACCUGCAAGCUCUUCACCAUGGAGACCAAUGGCUCGCCAGGUUGCACCGGCGUAGUCUUUUCAGCAUCCACUGCCUCAGGAGGGGAGGUGAGGCUCAACCUUCCACGAGAAGAACUGGCCACCUAA